CGUGGCCCCAAAACACCAGCAAAUAAAAGUCCAGAGAGCCCACACCAGUCUGGAGGCCAGCAGGAGGCAUUGGGAGCCUGCAAGGGAGAGCCUGCACCAGUCUGGAGGCCAGCAAGAGGCAUUGGGAGUCUGCAAGCUGCUCUGUUCCCACCUGGACUGGUGAGGUUGGAGGGCAGGGAUGUGGGCCAGGGCUCUGCAGGCCAUGAUGAGGCACUUGGAGGGAAGAUGUGUGUGGCCCCAAUGGUGAGGGAAAUUCCAGGGGAGAAACUGUACAAAGGGCUGAUGCACACAAGUCCCAUCCAGAGAUAGCUACUCACCCAUCCAGAGUGACCCACGCAGGGAGGCAAAUGUGUGCACAUGUACACACACACACACUCCUUCAAAGGCAGACAGCCCCACUCAGGCACACCUCACCUAUCACACCCACCAGCCUGGCCCACUCACCAGGAGGCAUGCAGUACUUAAAGAACCCUGCCCCUCCAUACCUGCAUGCCUGCUAGAGACACCCACCCACUUGCAUUCCAGAUGCCAUGGAGUCCCCCUCAGCCCUGCUCCUCUGCCUGCUGGUCCUGGCAGUCACUGAAGGCCAAGGUCAGGAGACAGCCAUCCCAGGCUGCCACUUGCACCCCUUCAACGUGACAGUGCGAAGUGACCGCCAGGGCACCUGCCAGGGGUCCCAUGUGGCACAGGCUUGUGUGGGCCACUGUGAGUCCAGCGCCUUCCCUUCUCGGUACUCUGUGCUGGUGGCUAGUGGCUAUCGACACAACAUCACCUCUGUCUCUCAGUGCUGCACCAUCAGCAGCCUAAAGAAGGUGAAGGUGUGGCUGCAGUGUGUGGGGAACCGACGGGGGGAGUUGGAGAUCUUCACAGCCAGGGCUUGCCAAUGUGACAUGUGUCGCCUCUCACGCUACUAGUCACUGGAAGGAGCUUCAGUCCUGCCCCGUGA